GUUUUUCAAUACUCAUUUUUCAUGUCCCUGCGAUGGAUGAUAUAUGAUCAAUCAAUCGCAGAUAGUUGGCGGUGCAACCAACCAUCUUUCUAAUCCAAGAUUUAUUUUUUCCUUUUUUGGAAACCCUAGUUUUAUUAAAACUAUCUUUUUGGGCCGGGGAUCCGAAAAAAUACCCAUGUUUGAAACUUAAAAAAUAGUAAAUAAUAAUAAAUAGAAAACGAAACUAGAAAUAAAUCGUUCCUUCUUCCUCGUAUGCCACGAUCUGUUUCUGUUCGGUUAGAGAACAAAACCUCUUCCUUUCUUAUCAUCUCACACUCUGCCACUGCCAAUUCUACGGCGCCACCGUCGCCACCUCAUUACUCCUCCAGAAACUGCGCGGCCUUCUCCCUCUUCUCUCUGAUUUUUGUGUGUGGUUCAUCUGUUUCAGAGUAACAUCCUCUGUUUCUUCUGUUUCAGUUUAGUGACUUCAUUCUCUGUUCAAUUAUUGUCUAAAUGGCUUCAACCAAUGGCUCUGGUGUUAAAGAAUUUCCGGCUAGCGCUGUUGAAGCUCAGUCCAAUCAAGCCGCAACAACAAAUCAUAGUGAGCAGCAGAAUGAGGCACAUCUGGUUCCCAUAAAAGAUUGUAUUACAUCUGAUUUGACACCACCACAUACCUUUUCUAGAGAUGUUGCUGCUGGCUUUGCAGGGACAAUUGUGGGUGUCGAUGGGCAUAAUGUUAUCCAGGAACUACCUGGUCAGCAACCUGACCUUUCUCACACUAGUUAUUUUCAACAACCAGGCGUUCAUGAAUCAGAAGCCAUGCCUUAUCAUUCACAAGUAUCAACUUCUGUUGGCAUGCAAAAUAAAUCUGUCAGUGGUUCUGUACUUGCAAAAAAUUAUCCAAAAUCUUCUACCUUCGCAAAUCAAAAUAGCUCAAAAUCUGCACAUAGAAAUGGAAGUAUAACCAGCAGGUUAUCCAAGACUAUGACUGAUACAGAAAUGGAAACUGGAAUUUUAAAAAAGGCUCCUCAUUUACAUUCUAAUUUUACAGCAGCCAUCCCUCCAAGAACCUACAACCAAACAGGAAGUUUUUCAUCAUUUGCCGACCCAAGACGCGGCUUUCCCCAUACUAACUACAGGCCAAGUGCCUCUACCAACUACAGACCAAGUGCAUCUACCAACUAUAGACCAAGUGCCUAUACCAACUACAGACCAAGUGCGUCUACCAACUACAGACCAAGUGUGUCUACCAACUAUAGACCAAGUGGUACAGUAUCUAAUGAUAGAGUUUCGUUAAGUGAGAACUUCAGAAGUGCAGAAUUUGACACGUCAAAGGAAAUGAUUCGGGGUCCUCGGUUUUAUCGCAAAAAUUCUAAUCCAGAAUCAUCAGUUGUUAAGGAUGAGUUUGCAUUCACAGUAUGCAGAGAUCGAUAUAACCUUCCAGAUUUCCAAACAAAAUAUGAAGCUGCUAAAUUUUAUAUGAUUAAAUCUUUCAAUGAAGAUGACAUUCAUAAGGGCAUUAAAUAUGAUGUUUGGACAAGCACUCCACAUGGAAAUAAGAAGUUGAACGCUGCAUUCCAAAAUGCGGAAGCUAAAUUAAGUGAGACAGGCACACAGUGCCCAGUCUUCCUCUUCUUCUCGGUUAAUACAAGUGGCCAGUUUGUUGGAGUAGCUGAGAUGCUAGGGCCAGUGGACUUCAAAAAAGACAUGAAGUUUUGGAAACUUGACAAAUACAACGGUUUCUUCCCAAUUAAGUGGCAUAUAAUAAAAGAUGUUCCCAACCGCCAGUUUCUGCACAUCAUCCUUAAACAUAAUGAGAACAAGUGUGUAACUUUCAGUAGGGACACACAAGAGAUUGGACUGAAGGAAGGUCUGGAAAUGCUGAAAAUAUUUAAAAGUUAUCAAGCUAAGACUUGCCUAUUGGAUGAUUUUGAUUUCUAUGAAAAUCGAGAGAAGUUAUCUCGUUCCCAGAGGAUUACUGAGCAUGCAGGCCCGAAGCAGGAAGUGUAUAACAAUGACAGUUACCAUAACACUGUGAAGGCAAGAGACGUGAGAAGGGAGAUGCAAUCAAGUGGCACUACCAACGAAGAAACUCUGUCGAGACUAACAAAGAAUCUAUCUCUCAAUCCCUCUGGAAGACGAGGCUUUAGAUAGUCAAAUUGACCCGAUGACCAAUAUAUUUUAUUUAUGGAUUUUAAGAAGCAGAUUUGUAGUUUGACUAUAUAGAGCAUAUAACUUUCAUUUAAAGAAAUUAUUUAUUACCGUUUAGGUGUUUUAGAGAAGUAGACUUGUAGUUUGGAUAAUAAUUAUUUGAACGUAUGUCUUCCCUACAUUGUUCUCACACUCCAUGCGGUGUAGACUAUAUUUUUGAAAGGGGUUGGUUAGGUUUGUCUAUAAUAUGCUAGCCAUCAAGAUGUAUGAGGAGACCUUGACUAGUUUGAGGACACAAAAUGAGGCUACAAGGUUUUCUUGUAACAAUAAGAUCGAACCCGUAUCUUUUACUCAUCUCUAAACAUUGAGAUGCAUGCUUUUUUAGAGACGAGUAUUAGAAGCGUGUGUAUGACUUCACGCCAAAAGAGGUGUGAGGUACUAGUGGAGAAGUUCAAAAUUUGCACACAUAAAUUGUAAAAAUAAAAGUAACAUUCAAACAAGUAAAUUUCUUGUUCGCUUCUCUUCA